GAGAGAAAGAGAGAGAGAGAUUAUUUCGUCAAGAGAUUGAAAUAUCCGGUCGUCGAAAAAUAAGGGACGAGAGACGGACAGACGAACGACUCAUCAUCGAGUUGAAUCGAUAAAAAGUUUGUCAAAUUUAAAUAAUACGAUAAUGUGAAGUCGCUGCAGUAGGAAGGUUUGUUAUCUUAUCCACAGAGAGCCGCUACGAUAGGACAUUGUAGAAAAGAGAGAGAGACGAUCAAUAAAAUAUCAGUUUGUUGGCUAUUCCACUGACAGACACGUGGUACGUAGACUAUAUUUUUUCCCCAUAUAUGUAUAUUUAUAUACAUAUAUAUAUUAUUCACUUCUUUCUUACUGACACUGAACUCAUGACUUUGAAAUCAUUGAGGAAUUAAAGAGCCUGUUAUGUGGCUCCAGUCGAAGGCAAUUUUAAUAUGCAGAAAGAAGAGAUAGCAUUUUUAUUAUGUGGCUUAAUUCAAUUGGGUUUUUGUGGAAAAACAACAAGAAUCGCUCAAAGACCAACAAAUAUUCUUCUUGAUUUCAAUGCAUAUCGACAUAUUUCGAUUCUUCAUUUUGUUGUACCCGAAAAUUCAGCAUCGGCAAAUUUUAAAUUUGUGGCAAAGGAGGAAAAAUUAAGUGGAAUUGGAAGUUGUUCACCGCGAGAUGUUUCUGUAUUUUUAAAAUAUGGCAGCAUUCCUUUUGUUCAACCGGACGGCGCUAAAAUAAAAGCGAAAAUUUUAAAAGAAAGAAGACAUCAUUACAGUUUAAAAAUUCUCAGCAAUGGCGAUGAACAUCUUAAAAGAAUUGACGCACCUCCACCUGGUGAUUGGUACGCAAUUGCUUUUCGCUCCUGGUCAGAUCCGGAUAAUGGAAAAAUUACUCAAGCGGGAAUCGGUGUUUUCUGUGACACGACUCUCGAUGCCGAUUUAUCUAUCGAAAUUCCCGAUAAAUUAUUAAUGUUGCUUGAUGAAAAAAAUGAUAUUUCAAUUCAAUUAACAAAGAAAAAUGAUUCGGCAAUUAUUCAGUUUCCCAGUUUUCAAGAAUCCGAACCAAUGUUUCUUAAUUUCACCUCGUCCUGUGGAAAUGAUUGUCUUCUUAUUGCUCAAAUAACUGCCAGAAAACAAUUGGCAAGUAUUGCAACGAAUAAUUCUGCAACAAGUUUAAAAUUUCAUGCGUACGAUAAAAAUCUUCAUUAUGCGACAUUUCGUUUAUUCAGUGGAAAUUUGACAAAUAUUACAAUGAAUUUGUCAGAAGACGAUGUGUCGUUGAAAAAUAUAAGUUAUGUGAAAUUAGUGAGAAAAUCGUUACCCGAUUUUUUUCUCUUCGAUUAUGAGCAUUUGAACGAUGACGAUAGUAAUAAUAAUAAUAAUAAGGCAACGCCUCUUAAUUUAACAUCAGGAAUAUUGUCGAUUUUUAAAUUUCACAUUGAUCCAAUUUAUGAUAUUGGUGGAACACUGACAAUUGGCCUUAAAGUCACUGAUAGCGAAGCAAAAAAGAAAAAAAAUAUCCUUCUCAUUGGCUGCGUUUCUUUAGGUUACUAUUCGGACAUCACUUCGGGUGCAAGUUGCGUGAGAGAAGAAAAAUCGACGCCUCCUGAUAUUGUUGGAAAUGAAACUAGUCCAUCCUUUAUUCAUGUGCCUUAUCCCGAGCCAGGAAUUUGGUACUUGACUGUGAAAGCAUUUAAAUCGAAUGAAAAUUGUCAUUGUGCCAAAAAUUGCACUGAAUUUGCAUGCGACGAAUGCAAUUGUAUUGGAGAAAUCGAUUUACGAAUUGAAAGCAGUAUUUCAUCAUCGUCCUGCGUCGAAGGAUCAUGUAAUGACAGAGGAAGAUGCGUUCAAUACAUGAGCGGUGGAUUUGUCUUCUCAGCAUGUCAUUGCUUCGCUGGUUAUCGUGGAUUCGAUUGCGAUGAUGACACCUAUGUCCUCGACAACAAUGGAAUUCUAUUGCGAGUAUUAACAUUGACAUUAAGUAAUUUAGCAUUUUUAGGUUCAAUUUAUAUUGCAAUACGUCGACAAUAUUACACCGAGGCAAUUGUCUAUAGUGGUGUAUUAAUUUUCUCAAGUUUCUAUCAUGCAUGCGAAGCUGGUGAAAAUCUUUAUACAUUUUGUUUAAUGCGUUUAAGUGUAUUGCAAUUUUGUGAUUUUUUCAAUGCCCUACUAUCAAUAUGGGUGACAUUAAUUGCAAUGGCAUCGUUUGGUCAACGUUUAACAAAUUUUUUUCAAAUGACAGGCGCAAUUGUUCUUGCAAUUUGCGCUGAACUUGAUCGCACAGCAUUGUGGGUUUUUUUAUUACCCACAAUAACUGGUUGUACACUUGUUAUUAUUUCAUGGUUAAAAAAAUGUCGUUCAAGAAAAACAUUUAAAUAUCCAGCGCGACCCUAUGGGACAAUUCAUUUGGGAAUUGGUCUUGCAUUAGUGAUAUUGGGUCUUGUUUGUUAUGCAUUUUUACAAACGCGUAAAAAUUAUUUUAUUGUCCAUAGCUUUUGGCACAUUUGUGUCGCUGUUGGUGUUAUGCUAUUACUGCCAAAGAGAAAGUAUAUGCAAUAGAAAAAAAAAAAAAAUUAAAAGAGUAUAUAAAAAAUAUUGAGAAUAUAUUAUAUAUAUUGAGAAGUUUUAAAUUCAGGGUUGCCACGAAAGACUGAUUUUAAAAUUCAAUGACUUUUCCAGACCAUUUUUUUUAAAUUCCAAUAUAAAUUGAUUUUGAUGAAUUUUUAACCAAUUACGCCAAAAAAUACAAUUUAAUGAAUUAAUUAAUUUCAUAUAAAUUAAUAAAAUAUUCUGUAAACUAAUUUUUUGUAAGAAAACGCAAAAAUGAAAUCAUUCAAAUUAAAAAUGAUUUUUUUCCAUGUUUCGAUGAUCGAGUUUCUAUUUAACUAGAUUUUAUAAAGUAAAAUUCAUAAUGAAUGGAAUUUUCCUACCAAA